AUGGCUUCGCUUCCAGCCACAUACCAAGCAGUGGUUGUCACAGAGGCCAACGCACCAUUCAAGCUUCGUGAAGUACAGCUGCAACACCCAGGACCAGGCCAGGUCCUUGUCAAAGUCGUAGCAUGCGGCGUGUGCUUCUCAGACAUUGCCCUUGCAAGCGGCCACAUGGGCAAUGUCUUCCCCAGAACUCCGGGUCACGAACUUGUCGGCGAUAUCGUCGAACUUGGUCAAAAUGUUACGCGAUUCACUAUAGGAGAGCGAGUCGGAAGUCCCUGGCAUGGCGGACAUGAUGGCAGUUGUCGACAGUGCAAAAGAGGACAGUUUCAAUUGUGUGAACAACAGACGAUCAAUGGGGUUACUCAGGAUGGUGGAUUUGCAGAGUAUGUACUACUCCGUCAAGAAGCCAUUGUCCGCGUUCCAAAAGAGAUGAAUCCAGCAGAAGCCGCCCCCCUCCUCUGUGCGGGAGUCACAGUUUUUAACGGCAUUCGAAAAUUGCACGUUGAACAGGGAGCCAUUGUCGCUGUUCAAGGACUCGGUGGCUUGGGGCAUCUUGCUGUUCAGUACGCGAACAAGAUGGGAUAUGAAGUCGCAGUUCUUUCAUCCGGCGACGACAAAGCUGCCUUUGCCAAGGAGCUUGGUGCGCAUCAUUACAUCAACACCAAGAAAGUUGACGGUCCUACCGAACUUGCUAAACUUGGUGGUGCCUCCAUUAUUGUCCAAACGGCACCAAACCCCGACAUCAUAGGCCGACUAGUCGAUGGACUUGCCCCUGGUGGCAAGCUCCUGUGCUUGGCUCCCGUUGGCGGAGUGGAAAUUGAUACUGCUGCCCUUGUGUCUGGAGCUCGAAGUGUUCAUGGCUGGCCUAGCGGUCACGCUAUCGAUAGUGAAGACGCGAUCCGAUUUGCUCAGGUGCAUGGAAUCAAGUGUAUGGUGGAGGAGUAUGCUUUUACAGAUGUCCAAGCAGCAGUUGAUAGUCUAUUGGCGGGAAGGCCUCGCUUUAGAAAUGUCUUGGUUAUUCAGUGA